AUGUCGACGGUUGAUGACGUACCGGCGGCUAUGUGUUCGUUUUUCGACCAUCUGUGCGGUCCGUUCUUCGCGGCGUUUCGCAUUUUGGGCGUCUGUCCGUACACGAGAAAUUCAAACGGCGUCUUCCACAAGAGGAUCGUGUCCGCGUCCUCCGUGUACACGUUAUUCUCGGGUGCAGCGUUCGGAUACGCAACCUUUGUGGCGAUCAAGACGCUGUCUGGACAACCACCUCCCAUAGCCAUGUCCAACUUCAAUCACAUACUUUUGAAGUUCGGCUACGCCACGUUGAUCGCGCCGUCCGCCAUCGUGCCCGUCAUCAUGUGGUUCGAGACGACCAAGCUCCAAGCGUAUUUGCACGAGUGGCAACUGUUCCAAGACAAUUAUAACAGAGUGGUCGGUAAAUCGAAUAGUAUUGCCAUGAUCGCGAUCGUCAAAAAACGGGUGAAUAGGAUUUAUCGAUCGAUACUUGUGUUCUUGUCGAUCACAGUAGUUGCGAUCUCGUGGUCGUCAUCGACCAUAAGCGACGUAUAUGUACUCUUUUGCACGAUAAGAAGUGUUUCGAUCAUGGUUUUCAUCGUGGGAUUUUGGUUCGUAGGUGCAAUUGCAAUUGAGGCGACAAUCGAUGGUUACAAGAAAAAAUUACAAACGGACUUGGACGGGCGCCACAGUUUCGGAUUCGGCGCCCGCUCGAUCGAAGACUACCGCCUGCUGUGGCUGCAGUUGAGCCGGCUGGUGCACGGGGUCGGCGAUUACAUGUCGGCCACGGUGACGUUUUGCAUAUUUCACACGACCGUGUUGGUCGUCUUGAGCGUGUACGCGGUGGCCGUGUGGGGCGCGACGCUCGUCAGACUGCGCCGGUACGAGGCGCUCGCGUCCGCCUCGGUGGCGCUCGUCUGCAACGCCACGUCCCUGUACGUGUACUGCGAUUGCGGUUACAGCCAGACCAGAAAAGUCGGUUACCGCUUACCAUGA